AGAAAGGGGAGCUGCAGCGGGUAGUGUUUACUGUGGUGCUGUGCUGGUUGGGGUCCUUCUCCUUCGGUUGGUUUGGACUGGAUUCUGGGAGUCCAGGCAUUCAGAUUGAUUGGUAGAUCCCUUUAGGUCAUUGUAUUCCCCUCUCACAUCGGACUAAUAGCUUGGGGAACUGGAGUGUUCUGGCUGAGGGUGUGGGGGCGGGGUGAGGUGCAGGGCGCGCGUUCUGGGCAGGAGAGCCAUGAGCAGCCCGGAUGCCGGGUACGCCAGUGACGACCAGAGCCAAGCCAGGUGCGCGCUGCCCUUGAUGAUGGCCGGGAUGGGCCCCUGCCCUUGGGUAGAAUCUCUGAGCCCCCUAGGGGAGAUGAAGAUCAAGAGCGAGUCCGGGUCGGGCUUAGGGACGGGAGGCAGCGGGACCGUUGCAGUUGUGGGCGCUUCUGGCCGCGGUAAAGGGGAGUCCCGCAUCCGGCGGCCCAUGAACGCGUUUAUGGUUUGGGCCAAGGACGAGCGCAAGCGUCUAGCGCAGCAGAAUCCCGACCUACACAAUGCCGAGCUGAGCAAGAUGCUGGGGAAGUCCUGGAAGGCUUUAUCUCUGGCUGAGAAGAGGCCCUUUGUGGAGGAGGCUGAGCGACUACGUGUCCAGCACAUGCAGGACUACCCCAAUUACAAAUACCGGCCUCGGAGGAGGAAGCAGGUGAAGAGGCUGAAACGAAUGGAGAGCGGCUUCCUCCAUGGUCUCCCCGAGCAGCUAGGGUCUGGCCUGGGUCCGGAGGGCAGAGUGUGUGUGGACAGCCCGGGACUGCUGUUCCAUGAGCAGGCCUACCACCAAGGCCAGGGAGUGCUCCCUCCUCAGAUGGGCCACUACCGGGACUGCCAGAACCUGGGUCCAGCUCCCCCUCAGUUUGACAGCUACAACCUGCCUACCCCUGAGGCUUCUCCCAUGGAUGGCAUGGAACCAGAUGCAGCUUUCUUCACCUCUUCUCUCCAAGGAGACUGCCAGACAGUGCCCUACAGCUAUCCUGUGUCCUCUGAGUACUCUGUGCAUGCUGAGCCUCACUCGGGUCCUAUGCACCACAGACACAUGCAGGAACCUAUGGCCCAUUCGUUGCAGGGUCUGAUGGGCGCCUCCAACCCUCUGCAUAUGUACUAUGGUCCCAUGGGCUCUCCCCAGGCUGGGGGCAGUGUCCGAGGCUUCCAGAUGCAGCAUCAGUCAGGAUCUAAUCAGCCCUCUCCUCCUCCAGAGGCUUUGAACUGCAGGGAUGGCCUGGAUGGCAGCCAGCCCACAGAGGUCCAAGAAGCUGGGAUCCACACAGAAUUUGAACAGUAUCUUCACCACCUAUGUAAAGCAGAGUUGGGGCUUGUCUCUUCAGGCCAUGAUGGUGACCAUAACCCUUCCACUAUCUCCUCUGUCAUGUCAGAUGCCAGUUCCACAGUCUAUUACCAUAACUACCAAAACAUAUGAAACCCUGUGUUCUUCACAGAUUGAAUCCAACAAUAUAAAUGUUGCAAUAUCUUUCACAGUGAAGGCAAACAAAAAUGUAAUUUGCUCAAUUUUUUUCCAGUUACAUGUUUAUUCUUUUAGUUUUAUUUAUGUUUAGGUUUUUCAUAUUUCAUGUGAGCAUUUACUAAAGAAAAUGAUAAACUUAUAUGAAUCAUUUUUAUCUGGUAAAUUUUUUCUAUUUUCUAUUUUCACUUUUUCGAUCUUAAUGAAUCUGCAAAUAAGGCAGAGUGACUUUUUUAUUUUUAAAGGAAAACAUAUUGUUUUCUUAGUAAAGUUUAAGGGAAUUUAGCCUGUUUAGUUUUGAAGGCUCUUGUUAAAAAUGUUCUCUACCUCUAAAAAACAUCCCCAAAGAAAAAUGUUUUUAAUAAACUUGAUGAGAAAUUGGACUUAGCAUCUGGAGAGUUACAUGGAGUUGAAGAUUCAAGGCUUUUCUAUGCAUACUAUUACUUCAUGAAUGUAAGCUAGGUAUCACAUUAAAUUGUUUUUUCCUUUGGCUUUUAUAUCACCUGCAUUUUUAAGUAGAUCUCCCAUUAUAUAACAAUGUAAAAGAAUUUGUUAACAUAAUCAACAGUCUGACAUUAUAUGUUAAGUGUUUCAUACCCACAGUCCUCUUGAGUGAUCUGCCUUCUCAUAACAUUUAGUUUUGUUUUUUGUUUUUCCAUUGAUUGUGUUGUGAGUGCAUAUAUUCGUUUUCUGAUUCUACUAAAUGUUUCAUUUUGCAUCAUUUGUAGAAAUCUCAUGCUUCCGUAUUCUUCAUUGUCAUCAUUUGUAUUUUAUUCAUGUACCACUUUCCCCUAGCUGAUCUGUAUCUACUACUAUUUUUGUUGUUGUUUCUACAAAAGUACUUUAUUGAAAGUAUAUAUGGGGUCCUUUUUAUCACUGGACAUCUUCAGGGCAUGUGAUUUUUGGAAUAAAUCCUUUCUGUUGUCUUAGUACCCAUUGUAGGGAAACUCCUGGAAAUAAGAUAUUGAACUCUGCUCUUGGGAAUAAAAGGAGAAGCUCAAGAUUGAUCUCUGACAGAUAUAACCACUGCUUAGAAACUUUUCAUUGGUGUACCCUAGGUUCUGUCUAGUAGUACAGUCGAUCAUUGGGUAAUGGGUCUACUUUCUGCUGACCAACUGACCUUAAGAGUAGGACAGUCCAAGGAUCCUGGAAGUGGCAAUCUUCCUUCCCUCACUGUCUCCCCUCCCUUUGUUGCCAAAUCUACCAAAUCUGCCUUUAUUCCUAGAAACAAUCCGUAUCGAGAUGGGGCCUGGCAUAGAGAGUUAUCAUCACCACCAAAAAAAGUCCUUUACAUUGUCAAUUGCCCAAACAUUAGAAACUUAAGAUUUUUGUUAAUGGAAAUAAAGAAGAUGCAUCACCUGCUGAUUUGUAGUUCCAACUUAACGGUCAAAGGAUCCUGUAAACUAACUUGUUACUAAAACUAUUUUUGGGAGCAGGAGUGUGUUUUCUAUUUGUAUGCCUACAAUUUAUAAUAGUGUAUAAUUUCAUUUGUUUAUGCUGGAUGGGCCAAGGACUCCCUCAAAAGACAUUCCAUAGCCCUGUGUGGGGUCAUUGACAGGAUCAAAGAAACACAAAAGGAGCACGGUGCCAUUGGUUCUUAGUCUUGCCUGGCCUGGCCUUCUGUUUCCACACACUCCGUGAUGAAUAGCACCAAAUAACUAUCUUGUAUAUCUUGGGGUUAUUCUGCAAUGAUAACUCCCUCUCAAUAAUUCUUUUUCAAGUCAGUUGAAAACUAUCCCUAAUUGAUUAUAGAGGUAAGUUCCUUUUCCAGAUCUUCCUUUUCCUCUCAUUUUUCCCACUAUAAUAACUUGACAAAUGCUAAUUUAGCCUACCAUGUGUAAGGCAGCUGUCUGGUUCAUAGGUAGAGUUUUGGUCCUGAAGUCAGAAUGUCUAGAGUUCAAAUCUGCCUUCCAGCAUGUAUUAGUUUUAUGGUCCUGGAGAAAUUAUUUUGAUCUCCCUCUGCCUAUCUCCUCAUCUAUAAAAUGGGAAUAAUAGCACUUAAUUCCAUAUGAUAAAUCCAUAUGGAUUAAUUCCAUAAAUCCAUAUGAUUCCACAUAAUUCCAUAAUAACACUUAAUUACUCAUAUGAAGUUCAUAUGAGUAAUAUUUGUAAGGCACAGUUCCUGGCACUAGUUAAGAGCAUAAUAAAUGCUUGUUUUCCUCCCCCAUCAUCUCAAGGUCUUAGAAGGGAGCUUUUCAAGGAGUAUGCAAAGACCCCUGAUCUCAUAGACUAUCGAAUGUAAUUGUGAAGGAAAAAAAUGACAGUUAAAAAUAUCUUACACUAAGUGUAAGACAAUGGAAUUUAUCAUUAUAUUCACAGUAGGGAUUUAGGUACAGGAGUUCAGAGGAGGGAAACAUCCUUGUGGGUGGCAUUGUGAAUCAUUCCUUAAGUCCAGGUGUUACUAUCUUCCUUCUAAGCAGAUCUAGAGCUGAAAAGAAUCAGAUUUUAUAUGAUACAAUCACCUAGUUAUAUUGAUUUAGGAAACGCUAUUGUUCACUGGCUGUCCUUCACGCCUGGGAUUCUCCUUCACCUUUGAUUCCUGGUUUCCUUCAAAUAUCAGCAAAAAUUCCACCUUUUGCAAGAAGCCUUUCUUGAUUUCUUAAGGCUAUUACAUGCCUUUUGAGAUGAUCUCUUAUCCUAUGUGUAUCUUGGUUUGUACAUUAUUGUUUGGGUGUUCUCCCUCCACCCCCAUGAGAUUAUUAGCUCAAGGGCAAGGAUUAUUUUUACUUUGCAGUUUCCCCUUCUCCUUCCCAUUUCCCAUGCCAGAGUGCCUGGGGCAUAAUGGACAGCUUUAAUACUUGUCAACUUGACCUAGAGAGAUUAAACAUUUGAUUCAAAGUCACAAAGAAUUUUAGCCCAGGUCUACUGAAUUCACAACCAAUGGCCUUUCCACUGGGUCUGACUGCUGAGCAAUAGUAAUUUAUUUAAAACAAUCCUGGAGUUAAAAAUUAUUUUCACAAAUGAAUUACUAGGGAAUCAUUUUGUUUGACUCAAAUAAAUUUUUAAGUUUAAAUACAUUGAAGGGAUAGAGAUCAUGGUCUGUGUUCAAUGUGCAAUGCUUAUUCAUCAUUUCAUUUGAACAUUGAAAUUUGUGUGUGUUUCGUUGCCACUUGGGUCAUCCAAGAAGCAACCCUUCUGAAAAAAAAAAAGGUGUUUUAGCUCUAGAGUACUUAAAUUAAUUGGCUUGCUUUUGUAACCUGAAUAAAAGUAUUCUUCAUUCUUUGCGAAAA